GGGGAAGGGACUGUGCCUCAUCUUGCCUGGGGCCCCCGAGGCUGUUGGAGGCUCCUGCAGGCAGCCCUAAUGCCUUUCCUCAGUGCCCAGUUGGGUACCUUCCUCUCUUCCUUCAGGCCUCUGCUCAGAUAACAUCUCCUUAGCAAGGCUUUUCCUGACCUAAAGAAGCCAACUCCUGUCUGUCUAUCUCUUUUCUUAUCCCGCUUUAUUUUCCCUCUCAGCACUCAUGACGCAUUUUGUCUCCCCGCUCCCCCCACCACACAUUAGGUUUCCUGAGGUACAGGACUUGAUCUAUCUUGCUUGCUGCUGUAUUCUCAGCAUGUAGAACCUUGGCUGGCACACAGUCGGCAUGCAAUUGACAUUUGUUGAGUGAAUGAAUGAAUAAGUGAAUGAAUGAAUUAACCAGGCUGGGGGGUAGAUUCAGGCUCCCUUCAGGGAAGGAAGUAGUUUCUGACAGACAGAUGUCCCACCAUGAACAUCUCUGCCUUGUAGAGGAAGUAAGCUUCCUGUCACAGACUGGACUCUAAUUUUUAGAGGUAUCAUGAGGCGGAUUUAAAAUCAAAUAGGAGUUGGUUGCUCCCUAAGCUACCUGUCUGAGGCCUAUGAGCAAUGAAGGGGCUGUCAGGCUCUAGAAAGCCCGACUGGAUAAACCAGGGCACAACAGUAGCACGCACAGGACAGGCCCAUGGAGGAGUGAUGGUCUCCAGAAAGAGCAUGGCUUUGCCAAGUCCAGGUAUAAGGUCCCUCUGACCUAAGCACUGUGUAUCAGGGGAAGGGGGGAGGUGGAGGAGAAGAGGCAGAACUAUGUCCUCGGAGCUCACAGCCAGGCCUGGGAGGCAGGAUUCACCCCAAAUCCCUGGGAUUAGACAGGCGGUAUGGGCUCCUGCACUGCAUCAAAUAAAGUUCAGGUUCAGCUCUGAGUCAGCAGACACUGAAAUUCCGUGGGUUGGGGAGGGAUGGUCAGAGCCCUCUUCCUGGAAGAGGGGCCAUUUGGGAAGAAGCGGGAGGAGCCAAGGCCCUCUUCCUGAAAGGCUUUGUGGGCCUGCUUACGGAAUUUGGAUGGGAAGACUUUAAGAUUUCAAGCCCUGUCCCCUUUGAGCCUUUUCCCAUGCUGCUCCCUCUGUUGAGAUCAUGCUUCUCCACGCUCCUCCUCCUCCUCUUAACUCCCACCCUCUGCUCAGCUGAUUUUUUCCUGCUCUCAGAUCUUCACUCAAAGUUACUUUCUUCAGGAAUCCCCUCAUUCUUUCAGACCAAAUUGUCUCCCGUGGUACACAUGUUAGGGCACUCUGCUUUCCCUUUAUGAUCUUCAGACACUUGAGGUCAUUUACCUACUUGUCUGUGUCCCCUAAACUGUACACGCUCACAUCCCAUGGCCCAGAACAAUGCUGGCAUUUAGUAGGUGUUCAAUGAAUUUACGUUAAAAGAAUAAGGGGAUGGAUAUCUUUUUAAAAACUCUGUUGAAUGGAUGCCUAAGCUAGAUACCCUGGAAGGAGCAAAAAGCAGGAGGGUUUCUCCUUGCCUACACAUGGGUCUGGUUCGUGCUUAAAGGACUAAUUUGUGCCUUGUGGGGUGGCUUUUUUUCAUUUUGUCUGGGAGUCAAAGGAGAAGGACCGGAGAAUGUCCGAGGCCGCCCGGAACCAGACCUCCUCAGGGGACACAGACGACUAUUCCUAUGGCAGCUGGUAUAUCGACGAGCCUCAAGGUGGCCAGGAGCUCCAGCACGAGGGGGCAGUACCCUCCUGCCAUCCCAGUGUGCCACCCGGCCUCCUCCACGCCUGCUUGGCUGUGCUGUCGAUCCUUGUGUUGCUGCUGCUGGCCAUGCUGGUGAAGCGCCGCCAGCUUUGGCCCCGCUGUGGACACGGCAGGCCUGGGCUGCCCAGCCCUGUGGAUUUCUCAGCUGGUGAUGGCCCUCGGACCGUGCCUGCUGCUAUCUUCAUGGUUCUCUUCAGCUCCCUGUGUCUGCUGCUCCCUGCUGAGGCCCCACUGCCCUUCCUGACCCUGGCCUCACCACCCAGCGGAGGGCCCUGGAAGAUGCUGGCGCUUCUCUAUUACCCUGCCCUCUACUAUCCCCUGGCCGCCUGUGCCACAGUCAGGCAUGGAACCUCACACCUACUUGGCAGCGUACUGUCCUGGGCUCACUUUGGGGUCCAGGUCUGGCAGAGGGCAGAGUGUCCCCAGGUACCCAAGAUCUAUAAGUACUACUCCCUGCUGGCCUCCCUGCCUCUCCUUUUGGGCCUCGGAUUCCUGAGCCUUUGGUACCCAGUGCAGCUGUUGAGAAGCUUCGGUCAUAGGAGAGGAAUGCGCUCUGAGGGGCUGCAGGACAGCUAUCCUGAGGAAUAUCUGAGGACUCUUCUUUGCCGGAAGAAGCUGGGAAGCAGCUCCCACACCUCCAAGCAUGGCUUUCUGCUCCGGGCCUGGAUCUGCUUCAGACACUACAUCUACACUCCACAGCAAGGAUUCCGACUCCCCCUGAAGCUGGUGCUUUCAGCCACCCUGACAGGGACGGCUAUCUACCAGGUUGGCCUGCUGUUGUUGGUGAGCGUGAUACCCACCAUCCAGAAGGUAAGGGCGGGGAUCACCACAGAUGUCUCCUACCUGCUGGCUGGCUUUGGGAUCGUGCUCUCGGAGAACAGGCAGGAGGUGGUAGAGCUGGUGAAGUAUUACCUGUGGGCUCUGGAAGUUUGCUACAUCUCAGCCUUGGUCCUGUCUUGCUCGCUCACCUUCCUCGUGCUGAUCCGCUCGCUGGUGACACACAGGGCCAACCUGCGAGCUCUGCACCGAGGGGCUGCCCUGGACCUGGGCCUCCUGCUUCAGAGCCCCCACCCGUCCCGCCAGGCCAUAUUCUGUUGGAUGAACUUCAGCGCCUACCAGACUGCUUUUACCUGCCUUGGGCUCCUGGUGCAGCAGAUCAUCUUCUUCCUGGGGACCAUGGCCUUGGCUUUCCUGGUUUUCAUGCCUGUGCUCCACGGCAGGAACCUCCUACUCCUUCGAUCCCUGGAGUAUUUGUGGCCCUUCUGGCUGACCUUGGCCCUGGCUGUGACCCUGCAGAACAUGGCAGCUCACUGGGUCUUCCUGGCAACUCACCGUGGGUGGGCAGAGCUGACCAACCGGCGCGUGCUCUAUGCAGCCACCUUCCUUCUCUUUCCUAUCAACGUGCUGGUGGGCACUGUGGUGGCCACCUGGCGAGUGCUCCUCUCUGCCCUCUAUAAUGCUGUCCACCUUGGCCAGAUGGACCUCAGCCUACUGCCACCUAGAGCUGCCACUCUCGACCCAGGCUACCACACGUACCGCAACUUCUUGAAGAUUGAAGUCAGCCAGUCGCAUCCAGCCAUGAUAACCUUCUGUGCCCUGCUCCUGCGAACGCAGAAGCCCCAGCCCCUCUUGAUCCGCCAAGAUGGCCUCAGAGUGGGGGCAGAAGAAGAAGGGAUGCAGUUGCUGCAGACCAAGGACUCUGUGGCCAAGGGAACAGGGCCCAGGGCCCGCCAAGGCAGGGCCCGCUGGGGUCUGGCCUACACUCUGCUGCACAACCCAGCGCUACAGGCCUUCCGGAAGAAGGCCCUAUCAGGUGCCCCGGCUAAUGGUGUCCAGCCCUGAGGGUGGGGCAGGCCAAGCCACGUGUACUUGUCUCUGUCGAGUGAUUCCCCUUCUCCCAGCCCACUCCCUCCCUGGCUCUCCCAACAUCACCCCAGCUAUGGUAGCCUCUCUACUUAGUACCAGCUCUGCCAGCAGGUUCCCCAGAUCAGGGCCCUAGUGGCCAGCCCCAGAGGCUGGAAGUCACCGUGGUUGAGUGGAGAUCUGUUCACGCUACAAGCCCCAGGAGGGCUCUAGCCUCCUUGGCCUUGGGAAGCCAGAGAGAGGACUCUGGAGGAAGCAAUCAGUGGCUUAGGCCUUUGGUCCAGGAGCCAGUGGAGCCAAGGGGGCCACAUCUACGCCUCUCCCUCUGCUGUCAGCCUCCAGGGCCUUACUGAAGCCUUCUGUUGAUCAGGGGAUGGUGAUUCAGGCUGGGACAGCUUCUUGCUCCAGCUCAGCCCAAACUCAGCCUUGGACGUUACCACUUCUCUCCUGCAGCUCCUUCUCUGCUCUGGGGCCUUGCAGCUUGCAGGGCAGCCCAGGAGGAAGCAAAUGGGCUCCUACAGCAACGAAAUCACAGCUCACACCAGGCCCCACACUAAGCUGCCCACACUUGAGAGUCUGAUAUUUUUGUAGUUGGUAUGCCUUUAGAUAUUAUGAAAGAAGUUAGUGUGUUCCCUGUAAUAAACUUGUCCCUGAGAAA